UUCAAUGUGACGUGAAUCAGAUAACGUCGCUUGUAGUUACUUUGAAAACAGUAUCAAAUAUAUUCAAUACAAAAUGGAUCAUUUAGUAAACUCCAUCGAUAACUAUUUCACCGAUCCCAAGUACCCAAAUUUGAGUGUAGCAAUAGUAUACUUGAGAAUGAUCAAACUAUGGGAACCGCGUAAAAUCUUUUAUGCUAUACCGGUGACCAUGGGCUUAACAUUUGUAAGUCAAAUCCUUUACGUACUCAUGUCAGACCAACCGUUCCGCUACUUCCUAAACUUAUUUCAGACGGGGUUUUUUCAUUUGGGGCUGGCAAAAGUUGUACUUUUCUUUUAUAAUCAUGAAAAAUGGCUAAAUAUUAUCAACUGGUUAUCGGAACUAGAGAGGAUUCAACUACACGACCCGUUUCUACGUCCUGUCGUCUUGCGGUACAUCCGAUACGGCCGUAUUCUUCACGCUGUGAUGUAUCCAUUUGGCUUCAUUGUUUUCGCACUUAACUAUGGCGAAAAUUACGUGAUGGUCGCGAUGCAGAUGGAGAGCAAGGGAGAGAUAGAUCCGACUUACAUAACGUUCUUUUGGCUGUGGCCCACUGAGCCCUUGAAAGGGAAGUUAAUUGUUUACCCGUACGUGACGCUGCAGUGGUUCUAUGCGUUCGGUGGAGUGUGUUAUUUGAUGGCGUUUAAUAUCACUUGUGGUUCCGUGGUGAUCGGGCUGGGUGGUCAGCUCGAGGUGCUGUGUGAGAUGUUUAGACGAGCUCUAGACACUGACGUGAAGGAGGAACAAGAAAGGAACCUCAUCCGCUGCUACAAGCGAUACAUCGAUUUGCAAGAUACACACAAUACAUUGGAUGCGAUUAUGUCGCCGGUUCUUUUCAUGUACCUGUUGGUUGCGUCCAUAAAUAUGGGAAUGAUACUUUAUAGUUUACCAACUUUGGAGAAGUCUUCAAUGUACACAUCGAUGGUCCUGGUUUCCUCCUUAGUAGUAGAAGCUUUCUACUUUUUUUGGCAUGGACAUGAAACUAUGUACCAGAGUGAGAUAGUGAGCGCGGCGGUGUACGGGUGCGACUGGGUGGACAAGAGCCCCCACAUCCGCCGCCUCGUCUACGUCAUGUCCGCCACCACAAACAGAGUGCUCGUCUUCCACGCAGGACCGUUCAACGAAGUCACUGUCAUCACGUUUAUAUCUAUUGUGAAGGUGACUUACAGCUUUUACAAAUUGAUGACCACAACAGUGACACACGGAUCGUAGAUCGUAGAAGCUUUGUUAAGAUUGUACUUAAUGGUCUAUAAUAUUAUACGUAAAUGCAGAAUUAAGAUAUCGUGCCGAAAUCAAGCUGGAAGAAAUAAUAAUAAAAUGUUACAGUAUUUUUUAACUGUACAAAUGGUAGAAGUGUGGUUUUAUUUGUCAGAAUGUUUCUUUUGCACUGAAACUCCAUCUGGUUUGAAUAUUGUGA